AAAACUUUUGCAGCAAAUAUUAAAAAAAUGGAAGGUUUAUUAAAAGAUAAUAAAAUCUCUGAUGUUAUUUCAUUCACUCCAAAAAAAACCUUAACUGUUAAAUAUAACGGUAAAGAAUUAGUUGGUAAUGAUACAUUAACCCCAACCAUUGUUCAAAAUCAACCAGAAGUUACCUAUGAUGCCCAAGAUAGUGAAUUUUAUACUUUAAUUAAAACUGACCCAGAUGCUCCAUCACGUGAAGACCCAAAAUUCGGUGAAUGGAGACAUUGGUUAGUCACCAAUAUUCCAGGUAAUAAAUUAACUGAAGGCCAAGUUCUUUCAGAAUAUAUUGGCGCCGGUCCACCACCAAACACUGGCUUACAUAGAUAUAUCUUUAUCUUAUGCAAACAACCAUCUAAAAUCCACUUUAAAGGUGAAUUCAUUUGUAAAGCAAAUGCUGACACUAGAAACAACUGGAAAGCCAUUGAUUUUAUUAAAAAAUGGAAUCUCGAACCAGAAGGUAUCAACUUUUAUCAAGCCCAAUAUGAUGAUUUUGUUCCAACUCUUUAUUCAAAACUUGGUGAAGUUAAAGAAAAACCAGUUGAAAUCCAAUAAAUAAUUAAGUAAAUAAAUAGUUUUUUUUUUUUUUAACAAAACAAAAUACACU